AUGAGGAGAGUCACCGGACUUGCUGCGCGCGCAAUCUCAUCUUCCGUCGUUGUCCAUCCCCGGCUCGCUCAGUCCACAGUGAUGAUGUCCACGAUUUCGUCGUCGGAUCCUACCACCCGAAGAUCCAGUUGUCUACCAACGCCAUCUUUCGCCGGCGGAGUUGCUGGGGUUGUGUUCUUCUCCGCCGCCGCGGCGUCGUCUCUUGGCCAGGAGGUUCACGCCAAGGAAGCAGCGGCCCUGAAAUUCAAUCCUAAAGAGGUGGUUUUGUACCAGUACGAGGCUUGCCCUUUCUGCAACAAGGUCAAAGCGUUCUUGGAUUUCAACAAGAUACCAUACAAGAUUGUGGAAGUGAAUCCGAUGAACAAGAAAGAAAUAAAAUGGUCUGAGUACAAGAAGGUGCCAAUCCUUACUGUAGAUGGUGAACAAUUGGUUGAUUCAUCAGUGAUAAUCGAUAGCUUAUUCCAAAGGAUGCACCCUGAAAUUUCCAAGCAUGAAGAUGAUGAAGAGACUAAAUGGCGCAAGUGGGUGGACAAUCACCUUGUGCAUCUUCUGUCACCGAACAUAUACAGAAAUACUUCAGAAGCUCUGGAGUCCUUUGAUUACAUCACCACCCAUGGAAAUUUCAGCUUCACUGAGAGAUUAGUGGCCAAGUAUGCGGGAGCAACGAUAAUGUACUUUGUGUCAAAGAAACUGAAGAAGAAAUAUAACAUUACCGAUGAACGUGCUGCUCUUUAUGAAGCUGCUGAGACAUGGGUCGAUGCCUUGAAUGGGCGUCCAUACCUCGGUGGGUCAACACCAAACUUGGCUGAUCUCGCCGUGUUUGGUGUCUUGAGGCCAAUAAGGUACCUUCGAUCGGGGAAGGAUAUGGUGGACAACACACGCAUUGGCGAAUGGUAUUCUCGAAUGGAGAACACAGUUGGAGAGCCUUCAAGGAUCAAAGAAGAGUAA